CCACUCCGGGAGAGGCACACACACACUCCACCACCAGAGAUAACGUCUCACAGGAAUAACGGAGAGAAGAACUCAGAAGAAGAAUAACGAGGAAAAAAAGACCCCAGAGGAGGGAUAACAAAGAAAAGAGAAUACGGAGGAAUAACGGUGAAAGGAACGGCGACACGAAUACAGAGGAAUUCUGAGAGAGAAACAAAACACAGAAGAACAGAAAAGGACACAGAGGAAUAACAGAGAACACAGCCCAGAGUAAUAGAGAAGAUAACAAGGGAUAAAGAAAGAAAGAAAGAAAGAGGACAGAAGUAUCCACUUCCUCAUCCCCCUUCCUUCGCUCCGGAGAAAGGGAAGUGGGUGUGGUGCUGAGCUGAGCGGACGGUCGGUCGACGGGUCAAGUAGUUGACGUUCCCAUUCCCGUGUGCCGUGCCACUUGCUUUGCCGUGACAAUGGUGACGGUGUCGGUGCCGCUGCUGGUGAUGCGGGUGCUGGAGGUGGUGCUGACCUGCAUCAGCUUCAGCCUGGUGGCCUCCGUGGGCUCCUCCACCUCGUCCUACUGGACAUGGUGCAUGUUCACCUGGGUCCUCUGCUUCGUCGUCAGCCUACUCUUCAUAAUACUGGAGCUCACAGGGCUCCACCAGCGCCUGCCCUUGUCCUGGGAGGACCUGACGGCAGGCUUCUCCAUGCUGGCCACCCUCAUGCUGCUGGCUGCCUCCGUCAUCUACCCCUCCAUCUUGUACAGAUGCCCCGGCUGUGCCCACCAGGUAGCUGCCACUGUCAUGUCAUGCCUGGCUUUCCUUGUCUACGCCGCGGAGGUGAGCCUGACCCGGGCCAGACCCGGCGAACGCAGCAGCAGCUUCCUCUCCACGGUGCCGGGUCUACUCAAGGUGCUGGAGGCCUUUGUGGCGUGUAUCAUCUUCAUCUGCCUGGACUCCGGCCGCGUGAAGAUGUUCGGCGGUCUGCAGUGGUGCGUGGCGGUCUACGCUCUGUGCUUCAUCUACUCGGUCAUCAUCAUCAUCCUCACUAUAUUUCGCCUCCUCGCCACUUGUCCCUGUCCACUCAACCAGGUGCUGGUGGGCUGCAAUGCGUUGGCUGCUGUGAUGUACGCCACUGCCGUGGUGGUGUGGCCCAUCUACGCCUUCCAGAAGAAUCCGCGGCCGUCACAUUGCAACAGUGGAUACUGCGUCUGGAAUGGCCUGGUGGUGGUGUCCUUUAUGACGGGCGUCAAUCUCAUCGCCUAUAUUGUGGACACCAUCUACUCUAUACGCCUGGUCUUCUGGGUCACGACAUCUUAGACAUCUAAGGCCAGCAGCAGUAGCAUCAUCAUCAUCAACAUCUUCCUCACCAUCAUACACACACCGUCUUCUCUGCACGCUUCAUCUUCUUUGUCACGCUAUCGAUAACAGUGAUAAACGUUGCUUUCUUGCUCCAGUUUGCAAUCUUUGGUUCAUAGAAGUUAGUGUUGUGCCAUUGGUAAAAGAAUUGACUCUUUUGAACGGCUCCUGGACAUGAACCAUUGGUGUUCAGGGACAGUCUUUAGAAGGAGGAGGACAGUCAGUUGUUAUUUGGACAAAAUAAGUCAGAGGUUGACUCUGAAUAAAUAUAUAAAAACCAAUUCAUGUGUUUUUUUCAAACCGUUUUUUGAACGUCUCUCUGAAAGGAACGAGUCCCAUCUCAGAUAGUGAUAAUGACGUAUUAAGUGGAGGCAAGGCUAUUUUUGUUAAUUCAGACUUAAGGCUCAUUCUUUUGAAACUCGGCUAUCGGUAGACUCAAAUGCUUACCCUAAAAUUUCAAUGAAUGCCUUUUUUUGUGUUGUGUUUUGCUGUGUUGUAUUUUAUACAUGCUUAAUUCUAAAUGUUAUGUAAUCACACCUGGACUGGCAAUUUGGAAUGCAAGGCAGGGCCGACAGCCCUCAGAAGCCGAUGCAGUUUUUUAAAAACUUUUUAAACUUUUUAAAUUACAUGUUGUUGUUUUAUUUUAUCCCAGUCAAAUUCCAAGUGUGCUUGGCCAAUAAAGAUACUCUGGAUUCUGAUUCUCUGGGUGGGUGUGCAAGGAUGUCGUGUUGAAUAGUAAAACCAAGACAAAGACAACAGAAACGAGUAUACAAGUUUAACAAAAAAUGUUUCUUUUAAUACAUUUAUUAUUAUUUUUAAGAAUAGAAUGAAUCCAUCAUCUCAACAUCAUCUCAACUAUAAUUUGGCAGCAGGGUUUACCUAUAUAUUAAUUCAGCAUCUUUCAAUAAGAGUUUGUAGUUUGUUUUUAUAUUAUGUUUUUGUACAUUUUAACAGACAUUUUUAAAGAAUUUUUUUUGUAGAUUUUCCAGUGUUUUUUUCCUCCGCUCCUUUCGUAAGCUCUCAGUAGCUUAGCUCCUCUCCUCUCUCAAAACUCCUCUUCUCUCCACUUUGUUCUUGUCUUCUCUUUUAUUUUCUCUUCUCCUCUUCCUCUCUCGCGCUCACAGCAGAACG